UUUGGAGAAUUUUUUACAACCUGAAUUAACAUGUAAAUUUGAUCUUGCUCACUUGCAAAAAAACACGUGAGGACCAUGGAAAACAAAAGCCAUUGUUUGGUUGGGUUUUUCUCCAGUAAUUUUUAGCCUCCUGAGAAGAAGCAGUGAAGGGGAUUGUGUUGUGUACAGCAAGUGCUGGUAUUAAAAGUUAAGACGAUAAGACUGGCUCAAAGCUCUUCAGCAAAAACAAAAAUGAGUUGAGAGCCGCAAAAAUGUGCUGAUCAGGGUUUUAUGAGGUUGUGGAGUUAAAAUCUCCAAUAACAAGAAAGUGGAUGAAGUCAGAGAACUAAAAAAAAAACCUGAAACUAAAACAAUGUAGGUAUUCCUGACAGGUAAAGCUUUAAAAAUAACAUCUAUGCAGAUUUCUGAAUCGUUUUGUGGAGAUUUGCACAUUUCAAUUGAAGGUUUGUUUCUUUAUCAACAACCAGCCUGUGUUUUCCACCACUCUCACACUUGCAUGUGUUUGGAGAAGGCUUUGCCACGUGUUCACCAACUGUAAACUGGUGGGUGACCCAGACAUGACCUGUAAAGCCUCAAAUGGCACCAUAAUACUCCAGCAUCAGCUGAUCUGACACAGAGGGAGUGAUUGCGGGAAAUGCAUUGGUUUCCUGAUUGAGUUUGUGAUGGUUUUUUUUUUUGGUUUUUUUGGUGCAAACAUAUUUAGUCAAUUAUGAGAGGGCUAUAAAAUAUAAAACUUCUAAAGUCUUAGAAAGAUUUUUUUUAAAUGACAGCAAUAUUGGCUCCCUCAAAAACUAUAUCAUCAUGUUUCUUUACACUAGGGUCCAUGGGGAAAAAAAUCUAUAAUUUUUGAAUCACUGAACUGGGAAUGAUUUUUCACUGCUGCGUCCAUCAAUACAUUUAUGUGGGCUUUUUAAUCAUUUUUUAGAAUUCAAUUUUUUAAUUGGAUUAGAUGAUUUUUUAUCUGAUUGUCGGGAAUCUUUUUUCUUUUUCUUUUUUUUUUUUUAUGGAUUUGUUCAUUUGUGGUCACUUAAAUGUUGGCAGCUUCUUUGUUCCUGCAGUACAAACUUUAACCACAAGAGGAAGCAAACACCCAACAUACCAAAUAGUUACCGUUCACUUCUCCAACGAAGGUGCAAAUAUGGCAACUUUGACUAAUACCAAUUAAAUUAUUACAUUAAAUUUUGUUUCUUUUACACAUAUUUUAGCUGUAUUAUCUUUUUUUCUUUAAUAUGAGGUAUCAUUUAAUAAAAAAUCCUUCUGCCUGUACUGAGUAAACCUUAUUUGACUUUAGACUAUAAUAGCAUACCUGCUAUAAAAACACGUCUUGAGCAACUCUAGUUUUGUCACUACGCCACCUCAGCUGAUUUAUAAAUUCCUCACAGAAACACUCAGGGUAAUGCGAUUAGUCAGGGUUAUUGUUGGGGUAAAUCCUCUUAAGAGUGUGUUAACAGAAACCUACAGCAGCCAAAACAGAACCAUUUGACGAGAAACCUCUUUAGGGAAGGAGGUCUGGUACUUCAGGAGCCAACUGAGCCGAAACUAGUUCACAAAAAUGGCAAAGGCUACUAUUCUGUUAGCAUCAUUGCUAGUUGUUGGAAAUGUUUCCUUCAUCCAGGCUUCAUUUUCUCCAACUGUCAUUGUCGAUAUGGCAAAAAUCGUCCUGGACAAUUACUGCUCACCAGAGAAGCUGAAAGGCAUGAAGGAGGCGAUCGAGGCAGCCAGCAGCAACACGGAGAUUCUCAAGAUCCCUGAUGGUGAAUCCUUGGCCAGGGUCCUCAGCUCAGGAGUUGCGACCACAGUCAGCGACCCACGUCUGUCAGUCUCCUAUGAGCCAAACUACGUCCCUGAGGUUCCCCCAAAGAUGCCUCCACUGCCCCCUGAGCAGCUUGUUGAUGUCCUCAAGCACUCCAUUAAGUUGGAGGUUCUGGAGGGCAACACUGGCUACCUGAGGAUUGACCACAUCCUGGGAGAAGAUGUUGCUGAAAAAGUUGGAUCUUUGCUGGUAGAUCUGGUCUGGAAUAAAAUCCUGCCAACCUCUGCUCUGAUCUUUGACUUGCGUCACACUGGGAGCGGGGACAUCUCAGGACUUUCCUAUAUCGUGUCUUACUUCACUGCCGCUGAGAGUGUGGCCCAUAUUGACAGCAUCUAUGACCGAGCCACUGACACCACAACUAAGGUUUUUACCUUGUCCACAUUGAUGGGAGAAAGAUACAGUGUGACCAAACCCCUCAUUGUCCUCACCAGUAAAAACACCAGAGGUGUAGCUGAAGAUGUGGCCUACUGCCUCCAGAGCCUGAAGAGAGCCAUCAUCAUUGGGGAAAAGACAGCUGGAGGUUCAGUCAAAGUCAAUAAAUUCAAAGUUGGAGACACAGACUUCUACAUCACUGUGCCUACUGCCAAGUCCACCAGCCCCAUCACAGGCUCCACCUGGGAGAUCACUGGCGUGACCCCAGAUGUAGAGGUCAGCGCCGAGGAGGCUCUGGCCGCUGCCAUCAACGUCGUCAAGUUCCACACCCAGGUUCCCGCAAUAAUUGAGGGAUCAGCCGACCUGAUUGCUGCCAACUAUGCCUUUGAGAACGUUGGCACUAGCGUUGCAGAGGGCUUGAAGGGUCUCCUGACAAAGGGCCAGUACAGCACAGUGGUAUCACAGAACAGUCUGGAGACAAAGCUGUCUGCUGACCUGCAAACCCUGUCUGGGGACAAGAGCCUGAAGACCACCACAAGCACCCCCCCUCUGCCACCCAUGAAUUACUCUCCUGAGAUGUACGUCGACCUGAUCAAAGUCUCCUUCCACACUGAUGUGUUUGAGAACAACAUCGGCUACCUCCGUUUUGACAUGUUUGGAGACUUUGAGGAAGUCAAGCCCCUGGCCCAAAUUAUUGUCGAGCAUGUCUGGAAUAAAGUUGUCAACACUAAAGGGCUGAUCCUUGACCUCAGGAACAACAUCGGUGGACCAACAUCAUCCAUCUCAGGUUUCUGCUCCUACUUUUUUGAUGCUGACAGGCAGAUUGUGUUGGACAAGCUGUACGACAGAACGACUGGUACAACCUCGGAGCUCAAGACCAUCACUGAUCUCACUGGCACAAGAUUCGGUUCAACUAAGAGUCUCCUCAUCCUCACCAGUGGAGCCACUGCCGGCGCCGCUGAGGAGUUUGUAUAUAUCAUGAAGAAGAUCGGCCGAGCUAUGAUCAUUGGAGAGAAAACAGCCGGGACUUCCCACCCAGCUAAGACCUUCCGUGUCGGCGAGACAGACGUCUUCCUCAGCAUUCCCACCAUCCACUCUGACACCAAAACCGGACCAGCAUGGGAGGGAGUUGGAAUCGUACCCCAUGUACCUGUGGCCGCCGAAGCUGCCCUGGAAACAGCCAAGGGCAUCCUCAACAAGCACUUGGCAAGAAAGAAGUAAAUCCACAGUGGCAACAGAUUUAGUCAAGAUUUAGUCUCUGGACUGGCUUAGGAAGUAAGGAAUGUAGUGAGUUCACGGUCCAAAGUUUAAUCUGCUAUACUUUUUUUCUUAAUACAAAAGCCUUUAAGCCAGUUGGAAAUGUAGGAACUCAGUCAAACAAAGUAUAUCUUGUUGUUGCCAUGGCUGUGGAAAGCUUUCAUAAUGGAAGGAAAACUGAAGUUACACCUUUGUGAACUGAAUAUAAUAUCCUUUUUAAGACAUUUAAUGAGAUAAAAAAGAAGAAAACAUGUUGGAAAAAAUGCUGUGAAAGUCAUUUCCAUUCACAUUGGCUUUGCUGAAUUAUUGUAUUUCCUAUUACUGCCAGUAUAUAAGGAAAACUGUUUAUAUUGUGCAAUAAAUGUGGGAGAAUUGGCUGUGAGUCAGAUCCAGUGCUGAGAUACAAUUAAAAAAGACAAAAACACAAAACAAAUGUGUGUGAUGCUCAUGUUCUUCCACAUACUGACAAAUCAGUUCUCAUGAAUUGAACUUAACUUCUGCCAGAUGUUUUAUUUUACUUGACAUAAAAUAAACAGUGACUUAAAGCCAACAGCUGUAAAAGGAAGAUAUGAAAUAUUUGCUCUCGUGAUUCUCUCGUGAAUAGUUUCCAGCAGUUUCACAGCGACAUAUGAACGACAUUAGGAGUAAAGUCUCACUCUGUUAAUGUCUCUCAUCCUUUUAAACAGGAUAAGAGUCAUUUUGUGCAAACACUGUUUGUGUUUAAUGACAUCAACAGAGCCAGUACUGUUUGUGAGGGUU